CCGGGCUGCGCGCCGGCAGCGGCGGCGCCGAGCGGAGCCGGGGGUCAGGCGGCCGCGCGGGCCUCCUCGCUUCCUCUUCGGGCCAAGAUGGCGGGGGACGAGGCGGGAGUGACUCUGGGGCAGCCGCAUCUCAGCCGGCAGGACCUCGCCACCUUGGAUGUUAACAAGUUGACACCUCUUUCACCAGAAGUCAUCAGCAGACAAGCAACGAUUAAUAUAGGUACAAUUGGUCAUGUAGCCCAUGGAAAGUCGACAGUAGUCAAAGCUAUAUCUGGAGUUCAUACUGUCAGAUUUAAAAAUGAACUGGAAAGAAAUAUCACAAUCAAGCUGGGUUAUGCUAAUGCAAAGAUUUACAAGCUGGAUGACCCAAGCUGUUCUCGGCCAGAGUGUUACCGAUCCUGUGGAAGUAGCACCCCAGAUGAGUUCCCCACAGAUAUUCCUGGCACCAAAGGGAACUUCAAACUAGUCAGGCAUGUCUCUUUUGUGGAUUGUCCUGGCCAUGAUAUUUUGAUGGCUACUAUGUUGAACGGUGCAGCAGUAAUGGAUGCAGCUUUACUGUUGAUAGCUGGUAAUGAGUCAUGCCCUCAACCCCAGACCUCAGAACAUCUAGCUGCUAUAGAAAUCAUGAAACUGAAACACAUUUUGAUUCUGCAGAAUAAGAUUGAUUUGGUGAAGGAGAGCCAGGCUAAAGAACAGUAUGAACAGAUUCUUGCAUUUGUACAAGGUACAGUUGCAGAAGGAGCUCCAAUAAUUCCGAUCUCCGCACAGUUGAAAUACAACAUUGAGGUAGUUUGCGAGUACAUAGUGAAGAAAAUCCCAGUCCCUUUGAGAGACUUCACAUCUGAACCAAGGCUUAUUGUAAUUAGAUCUUUUGAUGUCAACAAGCCUGGCUGUGAAGUUGAUGACCUUAAAGGAGGUGUAGCUGGUGGCAGUAUUCUAAAGGGUGUUUUAAAGGUGGGCCAGGAAAUUGAGGUCCGGCCUGGUAUUGUGUCCAAGGACAGUGAAGGAAAACUCAUGUGCAAGCCUAUCUUCUCCAAAAUUGUGUCACUCUUUGCUGAACACAAUGAUCUGCAAUAUGCUGCUCCAGGAGGUCUUAUAGGUGUUGGAACUAAGAUUGAUCCAACGUUGUGUCGGGCUGACCGAAUGGUAGGCCAAGUUCUUGGUGCGGUUGGAGCACUGCCAGAAAUAUUUACAGAGCUAGAAAUUUCCUAUUUCUUGCUGAGACGACUAUUAGGUGUGCGCACUGAAGGAGACAAGAAAGCUGCGAAGGUGCAAAAAUUAUCAAAGAAUGAAGUUUUAAUGGUAAACAUAGGAUCCUUAUCUACUGGAGGGAGAGUCAGUGCAGUAAAGGCCGAUUUGGGGAAGAUUGUGCUAACUAACCCAGUGUGCACAGAAGUGGGAGAAAAAAUUGCCCUGAGUCGAAGAGUUGAGAAACACUGGCGUUUAAUUGGUUGGGGUCAAAUCAGACGAGGAGUGACAAUCAAGCCAACUGUUGAUGAUGACUGAAGAACAAAAGGGUGUGCUUCAUUUUUAAAGAUGAAGUGCCUGUUUCUAUUUUGGAGGGGAUGUAUUUUCACAGUGGUAUUGGAAGCUGUGCAAACUGUCUUUGAGUUGUAUGGCUGUCCUUGUACAUUUUAUUGAAUUUUACCCUCUUACUAAAAUACUAGUCACUAUCACCAUUAAAAGUGUAAAAGAAUUGGCAUAAAGUGGGUUUAGUUAUCCACAUUUUAGUAGAAAUUAAUUGUACAUGUCUCAUGGCAUGUCUAAUUUAUGUUGUGUUUCAGACAUAUCUGUUUCAUAUCAGUCAAGUCAGCCCCAGUGUAACACACAAACUAUAAAUCUGGUAUUGAAAUAAAAUACUGCUUAUUUUCAUUAAUUCAUACAGUUUUCUGAGUAACAAAAGACUGCAGUUGAUUGUUCAAUCAGUACAAGAAUUAAAAGUAAAAAACCACACUCUUCCUGGAGACUAGUACCCUUUCUGCACAACAUCUUGUUUUGUUUAGACAGCUGUUGGCAGGAAGAACUUCCUUCCUUGGUUUGUAUGGUUCUGGCUGUAUUACGCUUUGUGAUUAGGAUGGCAAUGUCAACUGACUUAAAUUUGUCACUUCCAAUAUUGCAGGUUUUGGUUAAACCCCAAAAGAAAGAGCUACAAGUAAACUGGAUCUGAACUGGCA